AUGAUAGAGUCGGAUCCCAUUGUUUAUUGCGAUGCCUUUAUGUGUGCGGCCCUGCGGGAGGCUCGACUCGCAUUAAAUGAAGGCGAAGUGCCGGUCGGUUGUGUGUUGGUGCCGGCGGAGGCCUCCUGCAGGGAAAACACUUCUCUCAUUUACGAUGAAAAUAAAAAUAAAGAAGAAGAAAAUGAAGAUGAUUUUAAUAAAAUAGAAACUUUCAUUGCGGCGCGGGGACGAAAUGCAACAAAUAAGAAACAUCACGCAUUAGCACAUGCAGAGUUUAUAGCGGUAGAGGCAUUACAGUCUGAAAUAAAAAGAAAAAGAAAAGAAAUAAAAGAAAGAAAAGGAAAUGAGAAGAUAUCAACAAUAAAUGGAUGUAAAGAAGAAAAAGAAAAAGAAGAAGAAGAAGAGAUGCCGGUGGAUCUCUCUGGAUAUGUAUUGUAUGUAGUGGUGGAGCCGUGUAUAAUGUGUGCGGCGAUGUUAUUAUAUAAUCGUAUUCGAAAAGUAUUCUUUGGCUGCGGGAAUCCUCGAUUUGGUGGAAAUGGGACAGUGCUUUCCAUCCAUACAUCCUUGUCUACUCCUACUACGAUUAAUAAUAUAGAUAAUAAUAAUAAUAAUAAU